UCUAGCUGUCUGGCUGUCUGGCCUGCAGUGUCGCAUUUGCAUUAGCUAUUUUCAAUUCGCAUGCUAAAUUGAGCUUCAGCCGGUUGAGAUCGGUACAAUAGGGUACAAUUGGCUUACAACUGGAAUACACCUCAUCAAAACACAUUCCAUCAUCAACUAGAACCCUUUCUAUUGUUGCGCCUCAUCACCACCAGCACGCAAUGGGCUCUUUAGGAGAUCACAUAGAGACUAACGGCGUCACUAACGGUGCCACAAAUGGCACCAACGGCGUCAACGGCGUCAAUGGUGCUGGCGCUGGCCACAACAGCCAACCCUUUAAUGGCCGUUUAUGGACUGCUAAUGUUCGAGUCAACGGAAAUACCAAUGGCCACUCCAAUGGUCGCACAAAUGGCCAUGCGAAUGGUUACACCAACGGUCACACCAACGGAGCCAAUGGUCACCACGGUGAAGAAUGGUUCGUUGGAAGCAUAGACCAGGGUACGACGUCAUCGCGGUUUUUAAUAUUUAACCGCGAAAUGGACCCCGUGGCCAGUCAUCAGAUCGAGUUUGAGAACUAUUAUCCAGAGUCCGGAUGGCAUGAACACGAUGCCCUCGAACUGCUCGAUUCUGUCGAGACUUGUAUCGAGAAGGCUGUCAAGCAAUUUACUUCCAAGGGUUAUUCCAAAUCCCAGAUUAAGGCUGUAGGUAUCACAAACCAGCGAGAAACCGUCGUCUGUUGGGAUACAAUCACCGGUGAGCCGCUCUGCAAUGCUGUAGUAUGGCCCGACACUCGAACGAAGGACAUCGUCCGAGAUUUGAAGAACUAUCCUGGAGCCCAUGCGAUCCCUGAGAUUUGCGGCCUACCAUUGAGCACAUAUCCUUCGAGUGUAAAACUCGUCUGGUUAUUGCAGAACGAUAUCAGUGUGCGACAAGCCUACGAAGAUGGGCGUCUCGCUUUCGGCACCGUAGACAGUUGGUUAAUCUACCGCCUCAACGGCAAGGAUAGGAAUGUCCAUGUUACCGACACCACAAAUGCCAGUAGAACCAUGUUCAUGAACUUGCACACCGCGCAAUACGACGACAGGCUUCUAUCCUUCUUCGGUAUCGACCGGAAUAAGGUCGCAUUACCCAAGAUCGUGCCUUCGUCGGACCCCAAGGCCUUCGGUAGCAUUGCGAAUGGUGCCUUGGCCGGAGUGAGAAUCGCCGGCUGCUUGGGUGAUCAGUCCAGCGCUUUGGUCGGCCAAUGUGGAUUCAAACCUGGCCAGGCAAAGAAUACGUAUGGUACCGGAUGUUUCCUCUUAUACAACGUAGGCACCAGGCCCGUUCUCUCCAAGUACGGCUUGCUAGCAACCGUCGCCUACGACUUAGGCAAGGGCAAGAAGCCCGUCUACGCCCUGGAGGGCAGUAUAGCCGUGGCCGGCGCCGGCGUCAAAUUUUUGAUGAACAAUCUAGGAUUCAUCAGAGACUCGACCAAGGUCGGUGAAUUAGCAGAAACUGUCCACGACAAUGGAGGUGUAGUAUUCGUCACCGCCUUCAGCGGUCUAUUUGCGCCGUAUUGGAUUGACGAUGCGAAGGGUACUCUCUUUGGUAUUACGCAACACACACAAAGAGGACAUAUCGCCCGUGCGACUCUGGAAGCGACUUGCUUCCAGACACGGGCGAUCUUGGAGGCCAUGGAGAAGGACUCGGGUCACAGGCUCCAUUCCCUCGCGGUAGACGGAGGCAUGUCAAACUCUGACCUGACCAUGCAAACACAAGCCGACAUCAGCGGCAUCCGUGUAGAGCGCCCCUCAAUGCGUGAGACGACCGCUCUAGGCGCUGCCAUCGCUGCCGGCCUCGCAAUUGAGGGCUGCUGGUCUAGCUUUGAGGAGCUACAAGAGCUCACAGACAAGAAGGCCGGUCGCAGAGUUUUCAAGCCUCAGGUUGAGCGAAAGAAAGCCCAACGCAUGUACCAGCACUGGGAGCGUGCAGUUGACAUGAGCCGCGGUUGGGUCCGCGACGACCUCGAAUAUCAAGCCGAAGAGAGCUCUAGGCCAGAUAUCUUGAGGAAGCCGACUUUAUAAAAGAAAGUCGAGAAGAAGCAGAACACAUUUCCUAAUUGUGGAUAGUGGGCGCCUCUCGUUUUUAAUAAUUAUAAGCCAGCUGCGACCGCGACCGAGGUGGUGUGGUACGAUGUGACGGUCGCGGAGUGGAAGCAGCAGGAGAGUGGAUGAAUGUGGAUCUCGGAUGUAUUAACACGCCGUUCAUUGGAUGUUUGAGGCGCCUCUUUCGGCGCAAUGACCGCUUAUUUCACCUUGCGGCCGCAUUACGGUACCAAGGUUAAUGAUUAGAUACGGUUUUCGAUUCGGGGAAGGGAGAUGGCAGAUCCAACUUCUGCCCGCAUAUGACCAUAUGGACGGGCCAUACAAUGGUCGGUAUACUCGUAGGCAAGGUGCCUUACAUUAGGUACAUCACGUACCAGGCACACUCACACACAUACCUAACACGUACAUACAUAUAGAUGUAUGUAAGAAUAGGAAGGUUAGGUAGUAUAAUGACAAGGAGGGGGGGUACGGGGAAAGGAUGGUCGGGUGGGAUGGGGAUCGAGGUUCGGAAACCGUACUUUUUAGUAAUGUU